AUGAACGAAGACUACAAGCUGGCAAAGGAGGCGUUUGUGAGUAACCUCCAGGGUACCAGCGCACGCGAAGUUUUUCUUGUUUUUGCUAUCUCUCCAGGAAGUCUAUGGCUCUACUCGGAGCUUAUGCUGUUGCUGGAAGUCGUGGGCAUACGAAAUGUUGAUGAUGAUAAUAUGAACUUGAUGGCGACCAUCUUGCUCGAGUUUCUCGUGACCGUCGUGCCCAUGAUGAUCUGUUUUUGUUUCACGCAGUAUACAGCACCUCUUCUUGUGAUGCUAUAUAGUAUAGCAGCAAUUUUCAGUGCGUUGUCAUGGUUUCAUGCCAAGGAGUAUAUCCACAAACACUGCAGAAAGGAAAAGAUGAACCAGCUACUUGUGAAGGAACUGCCAUUCCUGACCAACUUUCGUGCUCAAAUCAUGCUUUCUACGUGCUUUGCGAUCCUGGCCGUUGACUUCACAAUUUUCCCUCGUCGCUUUGCUAAGACGGAAAACUAUGGUUUCAGUGUUAUGGAUAUCGGAGUAGGAGCAUUUAUCGUUUCAUCGGCGAUUGUAUCAGUACCAGCUCGUCAAGCUUAUAAAGCAAUCACGACAAGAUUUCGCUCCGAACACAAGUCCGCACAAUCUUUGAUGAUGAAGUGCUACAUAUUUCUUCGGCCAAUUACGCUUGUCCUUGUUUUCGGACUAGCAAGGUUUCUGACUGUCAAAGGUGUCAAUUACCAGGAGCAUGUGUCGGAGUACGGAGUGCACUGGAACUUUUAUUUUACCCUCGCGGGUGUGUACUUGGUGUAUAAUUUCCUUCGAGCUUUUGGCAAAUGGGCAACAAGCCCCGUCAUGGCUCUUUUGAUCGCUUUUGGCUACCAAGUGUAUUUAUCACAGUACGGUGGUGAAGACUACAUUCUAAAUGCACCGCGGGAUAAUUUGAUGAGCCAGAAUCGUGAAGGAACUCUUACUCUGGCUGGUUAUACUUCGCUCUACAUGCUUUCCGUCUAUGCAGGUCAAAACAUUUUCAGCUACAUCAAUGUCAACGGACCGAAAGCUCAGCGCAAGAUAAGGUGGCUCACCGCCACACUGCUUGCUGUCAGUAUGAUGUUAUGGCUAUCAACGUAUGUGUCCGUUCGACUAGUUGCACGCCCAUCACGUCGUAUGCUGAAUCUGUCGUAUCUUUUGUGGGUCAUGGCUGAAUCUGUGUUCCUGGUAGCAAUCUACUGUGUCAUUCAAACUGUCUGUAUGCUGCCGAGAGUUCCGUUAUUGUUUCAGGGCAUUAACCACAACCAGCUCUUUAUCUUCCUUGUGGCAAAUCUAAUAACGGGUGGUGUAAACUUAAGCAUGCAUACUAUCAAUGCAACUCCUGCACGAGCCUCUAUGGUGCUACUACUUUACAUGUUGAUCAUUUGCAUUCUCGCUACUGUGCUUGAGUACGCGCAUAUCCGGAUAAAGCUCUGA